UUCAGAUUCAGAAGUGAUGUCCAGCUGACAGAUCUCCAAACGAAGAUAGUUAGCCCGCCCCAUUUUGGAGAAAUACUUUGCAGUGUGCUGCACUGAAGAUUGAGCGCCAUGAGCCUGCAGCAGCAUUUAAACACUGCUGUAAAAACUGGCAAUGUGGCUAUGGUGGAGAGACUGAUAGUCAAAGGAGCAGAUAUUGACCAUGGGUUUGGGAUGCAAGGACCGCCUCUGUGUGCCGCCAUCAACGCCAACCAGUCCCAGGUUGUGCAGGUCCUCAUCCAAGCCAAAUGCAACUUGAAUGUCCAGGAUUAUGAUGGGGAGAGCCCUCUAUGUUUAGCCUUGAGAAAAGGCUUUGUUGACAUUGCAAAAAUGUUAAUUCAAGGAGGAUGCCGAGUGAACAGGGAGGACCCGAUCUCCUUAAAACCACCCAUUAUUAUUGCCACAGAGAAAGAACUUAUGGAUAUAGUACAGCUGUUGGUCAACACACCAGAUUGUGAUGUUAAUAAGAAGGACAAGACAGGCAGCAUGGCCCUCCAUUAUUCUGUGACUCAAAAUAGCACAGAAAUCUCCAAACUGCUCAUCUCCUCAGGGAGAUGCCGUGUGAAUAUAUGUAACCAGACUGAGGGGGAGAACCCGCUGCAUAUUGCCUGUAGGCUGGGACAUAAAGAGGCUGUAGAGCUGCUGUUGAGUACAGCAAAUGAGGGCCAUAAAAAGGAACUUCUUGAACAUCAGCAACAGCAGUUGCUUCAUUGUCAAGAAGAACCUGUACAAUCACAGCAAUCACAAAGGGAAGUACCAAAACACUCACAACAACAAAAACAGCUGCAGUUCGUAGAGACAGAAAUUGGUUCUAGUGGUUCUGGAGAUGACACCCAUGAAAUUCUUGAUGAUCGCCUCGCUAAGUUACAGCUCAGUGAUCCCUAUACAGUAUGUGACGUGAACAGGGGAACACACUUCGGAGUUUGUCCACUGCAUUUUGCCUGCAUUCACAAUCACACUGACAUUGCAAAACUGCUGAUAGGUGCAGGAUCUGAUGUCAAUGCAAAGACCACAUCCAACAAAUGUCCUCUCCAUCACGCUGUGCAAAACGAGAACUUUGACAUUGUAGACAUGCUUCUGGAAGCUGGAGCGAAUAUCAAUGAUGUGGCAUGGUAUGGGCAAGGGCCACAGUUUAGGUUCUGGAAAACCAGCUCCAUAGAAGAGAAGGGGACUCCGCUGCAUCUAGCUGUUGCCACUGAGAACCUGGCCCUGGUGAGAAAACUGCUGGAGAAGGGUGCCGACUUGUCUGUGGGUAAUCAGGAUGGCCAGAGUCCAAUCAUGCUUUCUUUGACCAAAUGUAGUGGGAAGGUAGAAAUUGCAGUAUGUUUGCUUAGUGAGGCCAUCGCCCAAGGACUGAAGGUCUCUGAUAUGAAAGACCUGCAAGGAAACACCCUAGUUCAUGCUGUAUCGCAUGUUAAAAACAACCCAGGGAAACUCUUGCAAAUCCUGGUAGAGAGUGGCUGUGACCUGGACAAACCAAAUAAUGAAGGCAUGCGUCCUAUACACUCUGCCAUAUACCAAAGUAAUUAUAAUGCUGUUAAGGCACUGCUUGACUGUGGUUGCUCUGUCAAUGCCACCAUCUGCGAGUCCUCCUUUGAGCUCCAAAGACUCAGUCCCUUACAUGUGUGUGCUAUGAAUGGACUGCUUGAAGUCGCAAAGCUUCUGAUAUCCUAUGGUGCUGAUAUUGAUGCUCAUUUUGACACCACAGAGGAAAGUGAUGACAGCGACCUUGACCUUGACAAUGACCCUGGUAUUGAGGAAGGGAAUCAUGGUGCAAACAGUGAUGACAAUGAAGGCAAAGAAACAGAAACGUGCAGCAAUCAUCAAGAUGGCUCUGCACUAACUCUUGCUCUAGAAAACAUGAACGUUGACAUUGUUAGGUUACUGGUGGAAGCAGGAAUGAACUUGAACCUUGAACGUUACCUCUUCAGUGAUGAUGCCUCAUUGGAGGAAUUGUUUGACAUCUUGAACUUCGACCUUGAAUUAAAGAUGUGGAUUUUAGAGCAUCUUUACAAUCCUCUGCCUUUAAGCAUCUUGUGCAGGCGCACAAUAAGGUCACAUUUCACUCACCAUUGUCUCAGGUUUCAAACAGAAUCAUUACCGCUGCCACAGAAAUUGAAAUGUUAUUUGAGGAUUUUUCCUUUGAAACGAAAUGAUGAAACUUCUGGAAUUUAGUUUAGAUUUACUUUCAUUGUAUACAUGGCUUUGGAUUGUUUUAAGCAGAUUGUUACGAUACAGACACUGGCUUACUAGAUAUUUGCCUCUUUUUGUGGUAGUGAUGUGAAAAAAUGUUUAAAGGUUGGAACAUUUCUACAUUCUCAUAGAAGAACAUAAUUAUAAAGGCAGCAUCAGUUACAAAACUGAAAAACAUCGAAAACUGAUUCCAGGAUAUUUACUGUAUAUUCUGUUGCAUUUUAUCUAAAAAAUGUUACACAAAGAUUGUAGCUUCCAGAUCACUUCUGAACAGUUCAAUACCUAAAUGUCUAUAAUACUAUAGACUAUAAUAGUAUUUAUUUUUAAAGUUGUAACUUUUAAAAUACUUUUUUUAUAUGAAGUUAAAAACUUCCAAAUGAUGAGUAUCUUUAGAUUAAGUGAAGGUGUACUUUUAGAAGUGAAGGUGCAUGUUGCCAAAAAAUUACAAAAAUAUGCAUAUACAAAAUUUUAAAGAUGAGAUACAAUCUUGGUAUAUGAUAUGAAAGAGUAAAAAAUACUGUGGAAUAGCCUUUUUCUUACUUCAAAGUUUGUUAAGUGCAAGCUUAUUUUUUAUUGCUAUUUGUUAUAUCCGCAUGUUACUGAAACCUCGUGAAAUCUUCCAUAUAUUUCAAUGAAUUUUGAAUUUUUAACUUUUUUGUAAACUGAAUAUUUCAUAACAUAAGAGUGCUGAUGUACAGUUUUAUUGUAUAAGAAACGAAGAAUGUUGAGCAGAAAUGUUCAUUAGCUUGGUAGUAAGAUUGUUGUAUGUUGGUAUAUAAUGUUACAUGUUGAAGACUUGGUGUUCUAGUUGAAUUUUCAUUGGUUUACAUGAUAACAUAGGUGCAUACCAUUUUACAUUGUUUGCUGUUACUAUAUUUAUGUAUGUUGAAGAAGUUUAUCUCAAAUAAAAUGUUUGAAAAGUUUUUAAAAUGCAAUUCUGUUCACAUUCACCGGGAUAAAUAUCUUGGUUAGAAUUACCAGUCUAUCAUUCUAUGAGGUCUAUUUUGAAUUAUUUCUGUAGAAGUUGCCUUUAAUACAUCCACUGAAGAUGGACUACAAUUGUUCUAUAAGUUAUUGACCUUCACAUCUAAAGCCAUUUAAAUAUGGUUUUGAAUUUCAAUGUAUCUUUUCA